AGAAUGGAGAAUGAUGGAGCGAUUUCUGAAUAGUUGUAAAUAUCCACCACUGAAAUUACGAUGGAAAUUCACAACGAUUACCGCUAUGAUAUUGAUUCCUGCUGCUCUCGAACAUAUUUUGAGCAUUGUUAAAGCUGUCCCAACAAUUUCUGAACUCCCAGGUAAUGAUACCAAUUGGAGAAAUUACGUGAGAAUUUAUACUGACAGAUCUCAUGCAUUCACUUAUACAACUGUGGAGUACUCAACAGCAAUGGGAAUUUUCUACUUCAUCAUCAGUAAAAUCGCGACGUUCACCUGGAAUUUUACUGAUUUAUUUAUAAUUCUGGUGGCGACUGGUCUAGCUGAGAGAUACAAGCAUUUGAAUCGGGUGGUUUUGGCGGGUGGAACAUCAGAUUGUUCGAAUUUGGAUUGGCGAGGGCUUCGAGAACAAUAUGCCACACUCAGUAGUCUGGUAAAACAUGCUGAUAACAUCGUAUCACCAAUUAUUCUCCUCUCCUUCACAAACAAUUUGUAUUUUAUCUGUAUUCAGCUGCUCAAUGGGCUCUCCCCCAAGGGACACAGUUUAGUCAUGAAUAUAUACUUCUUCGGUUCUUUCGCAUUUUUAAUUGGCAGAACAGUUGCUGUCACAUUGUUGACAGCGAGGAUCAAUGAUCAGAGCAAACUUGCUCUGCCAGCUAUCUACAAUUGUCCUGCAUCCAGCUUUAAUCAUGAAACAGAACGAUUGCAAAUUCAGUUGACAUCUGAUGAGGUUGUCAUGACAGGCCUCAAGUUUUUCUCAAUAACUCGAAACUUCAUGUUAGCUGUAGGCGGAGCUAUUCUGACGUACGAAGUUGUUCUUCUGCAGUUUAAUGUCGCAAUGGGAAAAUAGAGAAAUGAUUUUUUUCAUUUUAGGGAUUCUCGUGGGAUUGUGGAAUUAUUUUAUAAAUUUUGU